AUGGCUACGGAUUUGGUGCAAGAAAAGGACGUGGUUGUGGAGUCAGUACCAUCGGGAUUAGCUGAGCAGCAACCGCAGUCAGCUCUAAAGGCGGAGACACAGCAACAAAGUGAAACCAGUCAAAAAAAUUUAGCUGAGAAUGACCUCAAGACACAAAGCGCCCAAACGUCAUCUGGGGAUGAUCCGAAAGCGCAAGGUGUGGAGGCUGAGAAAACAUCAGCCGAAGCCAGUGCACAAGGAAGUGCUGAUGUGGCAAUGAAACCUGUAGGGGAUGAGACAAUACAAAGGUCAGGAGCACCUGAGGAUGGGGAAUCAGCGGCAUCAGACAAUGAAGGUUAUUACGAUUACACUUAUGAUGAUGAUGAUGCACCGUUGAGCGACCCAGCCAAGGACUGGUUAUUGACGGAGCAAGCUCAAGGAGAAUUGAGCGGGAGACUCCAUCCUCCCAAGCGACUGAACAUCAACAAAUUGCAAACCGGACAGGGUGAGAGUAUCUACCUUGGAUGUACACGUGAUGAAGAUAGCGGAAAUGCUGGUUGUGCAUUUGGAAAAUUUGCAAUUCCGGAUGUUGAUAACUAUCAUCUUGUCGAUAAGGUCGAGCAAACGAAAAACUAG